CGAUUUUCCGGUGUGUCUCCGUCUUGAGCCUCGUCGCCGAGUAUAAAAAGACUUGGACAUGGAAGAGGUUUUAGGGUUUUGGCGCAUCUUUUACGCAGCAGGUUCACCAGCUGGAGAGAACCAUGGCGACGUCUGCGGUCACACUCACACUCUUUGGCUUUUUCUGCAUUUUAUCGACCUUGAUAGAUGCUACAGCAGGAAAGCCCAAAGUGGACAUCCAUGUCACGUCUAGUGAUAUUCUGGUGGGAGGCACAGGGUUGUUGCUUUGCACAGCUGAUCAGUCUACGACAUUCAGAUGGCAGAAGGACGGGGAAGAAAUUGAAACGCACAUAGAAAGCAGUGAAGAAAAGAGUAAGCUGCACUUGGAGAAUGUCAAGCUGACAGACAGUGGAGAGUACAUGUGCAUUUGUGAUUUUGAUGGUGAAGAAUACAGUGCAACCACCAACAUAUAUGUCUAUGAAAAACCAAGCUUUGGCCCCACUCAGACAUACCAUGAGUUUUUGGUGAACCAGACAGUGCGUGUUCCAUGCCAAGUCACUGGGAAGCCCGAAGUGGAGACCAACUGGUAUUGGAACGGUGACCGCGUGUUAAAUAAUGACACAAGUAAUCUCAGUGUGCUAUCAGAUGGGUCGUUGCAGAUUACAAACAUUCAGAGGGAAAAUCAUGGAACCUAUGGCUGUGAGGGAAAAAUCAAAGGACGGCCCAAAUCGGAGACUCUGAACAUCUCGGUUGUUGUGAAUGCUCCACCAACUGCCAUAGUUCGCAGUGAGAGCACAAAGGUCUUGGCUGGACCAAACAGAAAUGUCACGUUACUCUGCUUGGUGACGGGAGCGCCCCAUCCAAACAUUACCUGGGAAAUGCCUGCAACAUCAGAUUCCUCUCGCUACAUAUACAACUCAGACAAGAGUAUGCUCAUCAUUCCAGAUGUGGCCAGAAGUGACUCUGGAAACUAUGCUUGUACUGCUGUAAAUAAAAUCGGAGAGGCCAGCUCAACAUUCACACUGGAUGUCUCAGAACGUCCAUCGGUGACCCUGAGCCAGAGUGAGUUGGUUCUGAAUCUUGGGGAAUCAGCAUCUGUCUUCUGCAAUGCCACUGGACAUCCUCCACCCACCAUCCAGUGGCUGAACACAAGCAAGGAAGGUGGCAUGCUUCAGAUCAACAAUGUGGUGUCUUCUGAUGGUGGUGUGUAUUCCUGCAAAGCCACCAAUGAGGCAGGCAGCAACACACAGAGCUUCAAUCUAAUGACCUCUCCGGAAGUACCGACCUCAUUUACUGUGUCGCCUGGACCCUCGGCAUUCCACAUCACCCUGCAAAAACCUGUCCUGGAUGGGGGUUCUCCCAUUACUCACUAUAUCAUCCAGUGGAGAAAAGAAUCAAAGGAUGACUGGAAUGAGACUCCAGUCCCUUUUUCUGGUCCGCUGGAGGUCAAAUCUCUGGCUCCAUACACUGAAUAUGCUGUCCGCUUUGCUGCUAAAAACAAGCAUUUUCUCGGAGCCUUUUCUACUGAAAAGAAGAUUCGUACACUGGCCAAACAGGGGGAGCCAGACAUGCCUGAAGUGUCUGUAGACAAUGGCAAGAUCGACAAAAACUCCUAUUCAAUUCCAGUCAAGCAGAUCACUGAUGUCGGCUCUCCCAUUCAAUAUUAUGUCAUACGCUACCGAAUGAACAAGGAGGGUGAGCCCUGGAGAGAAAAGAAAACAGACACAAACUCCAGUAUCAUUCACCUCCAGAAUCUUGAGUAUGACUCCAACUAUGAGGCCGAAAUCAUUGCUGUUAACGUUAAUGGCUUUUCCGAACCAGCUAAAUUAUAUUUCUCUAUCCCACAAGCUCAGUUCAGCCUGGGUAAAGGUGGUGUCGUGGCCAUAGUGCUGGUCGUCUUCCUGGUGCUGUUGGUGGGGGUUGAUGCUUUGUGUUGCUAUACAAAUCACUGUGGCAUGCUCAACUUCUUGGCCCGAAAACUGUUUGGUUCCAACGUGCCUGAAUCUAAAAGUUUGGAGGAGGGUGUGUUUAACAACACUGCUGUAACCAUGAAUGGGCUUGAGAAACCGAGGGGUAGCAUUCCAAAACUACAGUCACAAAACAAGACAGAAAAUGGAAUGCAGUCCGACAUCACUUGUGACAAAGCGCCUCUUACUAAAUUUGCGAAAGCACCAGCCGAGGCCGACCCAGUCAAUGAAGCACGGUUGUAAAAUGCUUUUGACACCAAACCAAAAAGAAAGAAUGGCUUCAGGGAUGCAGCUUUCUGGCUGACUGGCAUUAUAAUGUAGCUUAAAAAAAAAAAAGAACAAAAAAAAAACAUGACUGUAUAAAAGUGCAUCUUUUUUGUUGUGAAUUUUAUUGUGAAGUUAAACUAAAUACUUCUAUGCAUUUAAUAGUAUGUGAUUUAUCGAGUAUGAACUUUACAGGGUAAGAAUUGAAAAUGUAGAUUUUAAUAAAUUUGAUCAUUUUGUAGAUAAAAGAGAGCAGCUAACUGUGUCCAAGCAUUAAAACAGAUUUUCUGUGAUAAUCUGUAUCAACAGGGUUACGCUUUCACAUGCUGUAAUGUCUAAAGCAAUUGCUAUGGGAGGAUGUUAUUUCACACAGACGAAUGCAUUAUUAUCAUCACUAAUUUAUUUAAUGUAUUUUGAUGACAUUAAUCGCAAGAGUUAAUGUUUUAUUAUGGUUAUGAUAAUCAUUUCUUCUUUUCUGCAUCAGUUACAGUAUAUUGCCUGUGUAGUGAAAAAUCUACCAAAGGUUUAACUUACAGUACACAUGUGUGUGUGUGUGUGUGUGUGUGUGUGUGUGUGUGUGUGUGUGUGUGUGUGUGCGCAUAUGCAAAUUUGUAUGAUAUAGGUGGUAGGCGGUGCUGUAUAUUAUUGUAAAUAAUUUUUUUGUUCAUUUUACAGACUGUAAUAUAUGUUUUGAAAAAAUUGCACUCUGUGUGGUUUAUUUAU